AUGGAGAAGCCUACUAUCAAUAAUGCGAGUGCGUUUGCGGCCCCGGUCAGCAUUGGAGCCAAUGUCCUUCGCGGGGAGCGCGUCUGCGCGCCGCGUCUCGCCGCCCGCAAAGUGGCCACGCGUGCCGCAAGCCGCGCGCCCACUAUGGUCCUGCAAGAAGUGGAACACGGCGGCAAGUUUCUGUCCGAAAUAGCCCUAGAGAAGGCCCGCAAGGGCACCAAGAUUGAGAAGCUCAAGCUUGAAAAGGAUGGCUCCGCCAUCUGGGACGAGAUCCCGGAACUUGCAGAGCUGCUACGCAAGGGCCAGACUAGUUGGGAUGACUUGCAGGUGGACGACCUCGAGACGCGCUUCAAGUGGGCCGGCUUGUUCCAUAGGAAGAAGCGCACCCCAAGACGCUUCAUGAUGAGGCUCAAGGUACCCAACGGCCUCCUCGACGCCAACCAGAUGCGCUACUUUGCGCGCGUACUGGAAAAGUAUGGCGAUGAUGGGUGUGCCGACAUCACUACACGCAUGAACAUCCAGUUGCGCGGCAUCGUCUUGGAGGACGCCGGGGAUAUUUGUGACGGCUUGUACAAGAUCGGCCUGACGAGUUACAUGUCGGGUAUGGACAAUGUGCGCAACAUGGUCGGAAGCCCAAUUGCAGGCAUAGACCCCGAGGAGAUCGUGGACACGCGAGAGCUUUGCAUUGCUAUCAAUGACAUGAUCACUAACAACCGGCGCGGAAAUCCCGCCUUAACUAACCUGCCGCGCAAGUUCAACAUCUGCGUGUCGGGCUCGCGCGACGACUUUGCGCACACCCACAUCAAUGACGUUGGGUUGGUGCCGAUGGUGCAUCCAACGACCAAGGAGGUGGGAUUCAACGUGGUCAUCGGGGGGUUCUUUUCCAUCAAACGCAACGCAGAGGCUAUCCCCAUGGACGUGUGGCUGCCGUAUAAAGACGUAGUGCGGUUUUGCGAGACGUUGCUUAUAUGGUUUCGGGAUAAUGGGGACAGGAAGAAUAGAAUGUCUUCACGGCUGAUGUACAUGGUGGACAAGCUGACGAUGAGCGGAUUCCGGGAAGUGAUUCAAGAGGAAUUCGGUUCCAAGUUUAGACGGGCGGUAGACGGAGGAGAGGAGUACGCAACACCGGCUCCGAGACGCAAUGUUCUAGGUGUGCAUGCGCAGAAGCAGGAGGGGCUUUCAUGGGUGUGCGGCAACGUGCCCGCGGGCAGGCUGACGGCGGAGGACUUCACCAAGCUAGCCGACGUGGCAGAGCGGUACAGCAACGGGGAGAUGCGAUUGACGGUGGAGCAAAACGUGCUGUUCCCCAACGUCAAGAACGAGGAGGUAGCAGGGUUGCUCGGCGAGGAGAUUAUGGGCAAGUUCAAGACGGAGCGCAAGGGGGUAAGCGCGGGGCUGGUGUCGUGCACGGGGGCGCAGUUUUGCGGGUUGGCAAUCAUCGAGACGAAGAACCGGGCCAUCGAGGUCGCGCGGCGGCUGGACGAGGAGGUGGAGCUGGACCGUGAGGUACGGAUGCACUGGACUGGGUGCCCCAAUAGCUGCGGGCAAGCGCAGGUGGCGGAUAUCGGACUGAUGGGCGGGGCGGCCAGGAAGGACGGGAAGGGGGUGGAGGGGGUGAAAAUGUUCCUGGGCGGCAGGAUUGGGGAAGAUGCGCACUUGGGGGAUUUGAAGGACAAGAAGGCGAUUCCUGCGGAUAUCGAUGAUUUGGUGCCGGUGCUCAAAGAUGUUUUGAUUAAGCAGUUCGGUGCGAAGGAGAGGAAAUAG